AUGUCCAACUGUGAUACCCAUUCCAAUGAAUAUGAAGAUGACUUUGAGGAUGAUGAACGGCAGACCGCCAGCAAUCGCCGCUCGUACGAACCCUCCGAACUGUUGGCGUUUCUCCCCUCCACAACUUCCGUGAAGAGUGGAAAGGCCGAUCAUCACCGCAGCGAUGCUCACGUCCCUUCACUCACCACACUCCCAAAGUAUACCAAUGGUUAUAAUAAUAAUAAUAAUAAUAAUAAUGGGAAUAAUGUAAAUGGGGGAAAGAAAUUAUUACAACCACAAUUAAUUGGAAAUCCAACCACACGGAAUGUCAUCACACAAGCCUCCUCCUCCGGCUCACGUACAGAUGAUUUACAAUUACUUCAUGCCUCUAAAAUUACAUCCGUGGAAUUAGAGUAUGAGACGAGUCCAAUGAAAAAUGCACCUAUUUGUACAGAUACCGUAGAAGAGGAAUUACCGCAUGAUACAAUCUCCUCAGAUGUUCAUGAUCCGUAUGAUGGAACGGGAUUACCUUCACAACCACGACGAUUUCGGGCCCCUUCAUUAUCUUCUUCCUCUUCUGCAUCAUCACACUCACGUUCACGUUCACACUCACACACAUACUCAUACACAACAUCAUCAUCAUCUUCUUCUUCACGAUCAUUAUCAAGAGCAUCAUCGUCAAGAUCAUUUAAAUCACCUUUGCCUUCUCCAUAUAAAUGUUCCAGUUCAUUGGGGGCAGAAGGACCUGUAAAAGAGGAUGUAUUUCGGAGUACACUAACACCAAGGACGAAUGAUUCUGGUAGUAAAGAAGAAAAGAAGAAGAAGAAGAAGGAAGAAGAAGAAGAAAAUGAAACUACUGUAGAUAGAAAAGAAGAAAUAAGUAAGAGUCAUACACCCCUCUCCACGUCUCUUCCAACUGGUGAAACCGUUAAUAUUGAUGUGUGGAAAGAGGAUGCACGAAAACGCAGAGAAGUUGUUUCUCCUAAAAGAGUUGAACAGAAUAUCCCUACAGCUGUCAUCGUUACCCCCACACCUAAACCAUCAUCUUCAUCAAGGAUAAACUCUAGAGGAUCAGGGAAAGUGAAUCAUACCCCCUUAGCAGCUGCAAGAGGUACAGGUAAUCCAGUACAUAGAAAUAAUAGACGUAGUAGUAGUAGUAGUAUUAGUAGUACUACUGGAGGAGGAAGACGCACAUCUGUUAGUAGUACAUCCAGUCGUAAAGGUGAGAGAAAUAUAGUGGCCACACCUCGAACACAAUUACUACGCCGGAUUGCACAAACGAAAAGAGAAAUUGCACACGUUCGUCAAAAUAUUCGAGCAUUAGAAAUGCCAUCACGAAGUUCCGUGAGGAGUAGCAAAUUAAGAAAGAACAAAGUUACACCAGAAGAAGUAGAAAAACUAGAGCGUGAUAAUGAACGUUUACAACGACUUGUACAAGCAAGAGAAGAAGGUAUGUUAAAUAUUGAAUUACUAUUAAGUAUAGCUGAUGAAGAGUAUAGGUAUGCACAAGAGGAACUUAGACAAGUAAAACAACGUAAACGUGAACUUACAUCUGAAGAUAGACGUGCAUCUAUAAUGUUUGCACAAAUGGCAAAGAAUCAACCAACUGCAGGGGAACAACGUGCUCGUCAGCAGAAGGAAGGAAUGUAUACUCGGGCUCAUUUUAAUACUAAAAUUAUGAAAUUACAAGAAAAGAUAGAUUCUACAACUGAAACUUCAUCCCAUUUAUCAGAGCGUAUUGCAUUAUUAGAAGAACGUAUAAAAGCAGAAGGAUUAUCCGAUAUAAAAGCAGAAGACUAUACCGCCUUAAAGAAGACUAUAAAAAAGAAUGCGAAUAUGAUUAAACGAUAUCUCGCCUCUCUUUCCCACGCAGGAGCCGGUUUUGAUCUUGGAUUAGGGAAAAACGGGGAUGAACAGGAAAAUGAAGGCGAAGAAGAGGAUCUCACAAAUGUGAUGUUCCCUGGUAAAGCUCAAAUGGAGGCGGAAAUGCGUAAACUCAUUCGCCAAUUAGAACGGAAGGAUGCACAAAUAGCCACACAUCGAUCUUCCGUCGACGGCGGUGUUGUCGUCCAUCGAGAAGGCGUCUCUACCGCCCCCGUAGACUCACGAGCAUCCGCAAUCACAAUCACAACAACAACAACAACUUCCUCCUCUACUGCAGCUAAGAAAGAUCCCUACGCGGGAAAGAAGAAAACCUCGAAAGAAAUUAGACGCGUCUCUUCAGAAGUGCAAUUACCCACAAAGGGGAAUAAUAGUAUUCCCACUGUGAAGAAUGAACCAAAUAUAGGUAGACAACAACAACGACAAAAGGAGCAAGAAGAGAAACAAAAGAAUAUUGAACCAAGCGUGAGAUACAGUUCCGAAUCAAAGCGAAUAGUAGAUACAAAAUUAAACUCUUCUCUCAGUAAAUUGGGCGAAUCACCGCUUCGUGCGUCGCAAACAGAGUUUGAAGUUGUUACCAAUCCUGAUUCUCUCACUUCUCCUCUUGCCGUGGAUGUCUCUGGGAGUCACAACUUUGAGGACGCCAUUGAAAAUAUUAGGAAACGUCUAAAGACAACGGCUACUACGACUACAACUGCGAGUACCACUUCAAAUCAUGAAGAUACUCCUUAUACAUCCAUACAUGAAGAAGCAGAAAAAGAAGAAAAAAAAUCUCCAAGUAAUAAUAAUAAUAAUAAUAAUAAUAAUAAUAAUAAUAAUAAUAAUAAUAAUAAUAAUAGUUUGGAUGUAGGUGUAGUGGAUAAUCAUUCUAGUAAUGAAGUUCCCAAGUCAACACUCUCUUCAAAUUGCCCUUCAAGUGAACCUAAUAGACCAGUUUCUUAUGAAACGGAAAAAGUCGUUCCGACGAGGGAAAAACAUGGAAAUGAAGUUAUUGACGAUACCGAUAGUGUGCAAGAUAUAGUGGGUGAUGUGAAUGAAGAAGUUGAUUCUGGUAGGAGUACUCCUCUUUGGUUGCGUGAGAAUUAG